AUGGCCGAAACUGGGCGGAUGAUUUCGCCCUCAUGCGCUUACGUGAAGGUUGGACUGUGGCUCUCUCAAGCUAAGGUUCUGGACCUGGAGGGACCAGUUGACCAGCUCAGCAUCAUCCACGUGGCAGGCACCGAAGGCACCAAAGGCACCAAAGGCAAGGCAAGAAACCAACACGGCGGACCGUUGCACUUCACUCGCGUCGUGGUUCACCUGGCUCCCCUCAGCCAGGUGCGCCAGACAGCACCCGGGCCAGGUGCUGUCUCCUCGUUCCUUCUUUCCCUCCUCCUCUCAUCUCCAUGCUCCCCACCCCCCACUGGGAUCCACGUGCGCCAUGGCGGAGAGCAUGCUGAGGAGGGCCAGCGGCCACACCGCCGGAUGGCAAUUCUGCUCGUCAUCUCUUUCUCUUGUCCCCUGCCCUCGUCCAUGCUCCCCCUCUCUCCCCAGCAGGGGUCCACGUGCGCCAUGGCGGAGAGCAUGCUGAGGGCCAGCGGCCACACCACGGGGCUCUUCACCUCGCCUCACCUCGUGGACGUCCGAGAGCGCUUCCGCCUCAAUGGGGAGAUGGUGUCAGUGGAUACUUUUCUUCUUUCCCUGCCCGUCCCUGGCCAGGACUUGGCCAAUAAGACACCGCCACCUGCCUACAUCACAGGGCUAGGAAGUGUUUCCUGGCCGGGCAGGUGCGAAAUUUUCCAUGACUGCCCAGUCGCGACUGGGCAGGAGGAUGGAGGUGCAGACGGGCAGCUGACGUUUUUUUUAGACAGUGCCCAUACAGUGGAAAGCAUGGAGGUGUGCGGAGAGUGUUUCUGCGAUGCCAAUCAGGGUGGAGGGGCAGAUGGAGGGGCAGAUGAAGGGGCAGAUGGAGGGGCAGAUGAAGGGGCAGAUGGAGGGGCGGAUAAAGGGGCAGAUGGAGGGGAGGAUGAAGGGGCUGAUGGAGGGGCGGAUGAAGGGACAUAUGGACGAAUAAAUGGUGGGCGAGGAGGCAAGGAGAGGGUGAAGGAAUGGGCACAAGGAGCAGCAAGAGUGGGAUUAGUCGCAGAUACUGCAGCAGCAACAGAAUAA